GCCAAGACAACCGGGUUCCAGUCUGCCUCAGAAUUUGAACAAGUUUAUCCAGAGAUUUAGGGAUUAACAAUGGGAUGGAAGCCGCCCAGAUAUUUUCUCGGUUUAACGGCCUUCGGGUCAUUUGCUGGAGGAAUCGUGCUAUUCAAAGAAGUACUUGGUGGAGGCAAUUAUCAAGGAGAUGAGGGAUUAGAAGGAAAAACCGUCAUCAUCACGGGUGCAAACACAGGAAUCGGAAAAGAAACAGCAACCGAGAUGGCCAGGAGAGGUGCUAGGGUCAUAAUGGCUUGUAGAGAUAUGGAGAAGUGUAAAGAGGCCAGGAAGGAAGUUGCAUUAGCAACCUUCAACAAAUCAAUAUACUGCCAGGAGUGUGACCUAGCUUCUCAGGAGUCAAUCAGAAAAUUUGCAGAGAGAAUACAAAAAAAGGAGGACCAAGUGAACAUAUUGAUAAACAAUGCCGGAGUGAUGCGGUGUAAGAAGUCAUUCACGGAGGAGGGUAUUGAACUGCAGUUGGGGACAAAUCACAUGGGACAUUUCCUCCUCACGAACCUGCUUCUGGACAAGCUUAAGGCCUCUGCACCAAGUCGCAUUAUAAAUGUCUCCAGUGUGGCGCAUAUGAGGGGUAGCAUCAAAUUUGACGAUUUGAAUAGUGAAAAGAACUAUGAUGAGGGGGAUGCUUAUGCACAAAGCAAACUUGCAAAUAUUCUCUUCACUCGGGAAUUAGCCGACAGAUUACAAGGAACUGGAGUGACUUGCAAUGCUGUCCACCCAGGGAUUGUCCUAACAGAGCUUGGUAGACAUAUGAGUAUAUAUAAAAGUUGGAUUGCAGCCGUGUUCUUAAAACCACUGCUUUGGCUCUUCUUGAAAACUCCUCGCCAGGGGGCUCAAACCACCAUCUACACAGCUGUUAGCUCUGACCUCGAAGGAGUCAGCGGCAAAUACUUUAGCAACCAGAAGGAGGCAGCAGUCUCAGAGGCGGCCAUGGACAAGGAAGCAGCUAAACGAUUAUGGGCCAUCAGUGAACGCUGGACAAGGCUUACUUAAUGCUUGUUCAGCCUAUCUUAUCAGUGCACUUUGUAAACUAUUGUAUAUUGUAAAUAGAGUGUGGGAGAAUUUGAAAGAAAACUUUUUCAU